CUCAAUUGAAUAUCAAAUGUUUUGAUUUUCAACCAGCUGUUAAAGACAUGGCAACUGAUGAUGGCUCGGUCAAAAAAGUGUGUGAACGCUUCGCGGAGCAAACUUCCAUGCAAGGGAUACCCUACAUUAAUAGUUCGAAAACUUUGGUCGGAAAAGUAAUAUGGUCUGUGCUUUAUUUGGUCGCCAUAGGAGGACUGAUAUUUCAUUUAUAUUACCUAUGUAGUGUGUUCUUCCGCUACCCGAAGAAGACAUCAGUGGUAUUAGGAUUUGAUACCUUACAGUUUCCUGCUGUAACCGUAUGUAAUGUGAAUCCUUUAAGAAAGUCAAUGGUGCAUCUAGUAAGUUCAGAAUUACAGGAUUUGUUAAAUCAAGUUAACCCUACUCGAGUUAGAGACUUCUAUGAGGACUUGAAUGUCACAUCAAAGCGUAAGAAACGUUCUGUAGAUCAGAAUACGGACGAGAAUUCACCUCUCAUUCGACAUAAAAGGUUUUUAGAUUUUUUGAACGUCACCAAUAAUGAUCCAAUGAUAGAAGAAGACUAUUUUGAUGAAGAUGACUGGGAAAGUAUUGGUGCUCGUGAUAAAGCUGAUCAACUCUAUCAGAAAUUUUUGAAACUGUUUAAUUAUGAAACGAGAAAGAAUCGAUUAGCAAUUGGGCAUCAAUUGAAUAAUAUGUUGGUUAAAUGUUCAUUUGCUGGUAGAAGUUGUCAUGCAGAUAAUUUUACACAAAUAACCAGUGCCUAUUUUGGGAACUGCUAUACCUUACAGUCACGUUUUUUCAAAAGCAGAAGAAGUGGCCCGAACAAAGGGUUAGAACUGAUGUUAUUUUUGGAAAAUUACGACUAUAUAGAUGGUGUUACCUCCGGUACUGGGGCGCAGAUUCUGAUACAUGAUCAGGACGAGUAUCCGGAUCCUUACGACAAAGGUAUAGCACUACCUACCGCCAUGGAAAGCCAUAUAGGCUUACGAAUGGUGCGCAUAUCAAGAAUGGGUAAGCCUUUUGGAUUAUGUAACGAUUCAACGAGUUUUCAGUCAUAUGGCCUGAAAUAUUCCCGAACGAUUUGUCAAGAUGUGUGUGAAGCCAAUAGAAUCAUAGAUGUGUGUAACUGCUCCGAUCUGUUUAAAGAAGAGAUCAAUCUAAGACUUAAAAGAUCGAGAAGUGUCCCGGACAAAUGCCAAUCAGUAGCUGAAUUGAGAUGUGUGGGCCAAGUAGAACGAAAUAUUGAAACCGGUGAACAUGAAUGUUAUUGUUAUGAUGCUUGUAGCGAAACAAUGUUUGAAGAAUCUGUUUCAUUUCGACAAUGGCCAUCAGAAAACUAUGCGGCCUUACUAGUCGAAGUUGUAUGUGGAUCCAAAGGUGAUGCUGUAUGCCAGAAUCUUGAGGAGAAUGCCAACAACACUCAAUCAUUAGCACAAAAUUUUGCCAAAGUGAAUAUAUAUUUUGAAGAUUUAAACUAUCGGAAUAUUACGGAACAACAAGAUUAUGAGGCAAGUUGGGAAAGGGAUGUUCAACUUUUCUCGGAUAUUGGUGGAACAAUGGGAUUAUGGAUCGGUUUAUCUUUCAUUAGUUUUUUUGAAAUCGCUCAUUUUCUUCGAGAAUUAUUCGCCGUAUUUCAUAGAAGAUGUUUUCAAGACAAAAAUCGUGUUAAGAAUUAUUGAAGUGAGACUGUGAAUAAAGUAUUUUGGAUGAAU